AUGAAUAAAAUCAGCAAUCUGCCCCAUUACAUUAAAAUAAGAAACACUCUUUAUUCUGAGGCUGCAAUUGGGAUCUUAGGCAACAGCUUUCUUCUUCUCUUCCACAUCUUCAUGUUCAUUCAUGGCCAGAAGCCCAGACUCACUGAUCCACCCAUCGGGCUCUUGUCCCUAAUCCACAUACUGAUGCUGCUAGUCAUGAGUUUAGUAGCCACAGACAUUUUUAUGCCAUGGAAGAGAUGGGAUGACACCACGUGCAAACUUGUUUUCUUCUUGUAUAGGUACCUUAGGAGCCUCUCUCUUUGUGCCACUAGCAUGCUCAGCAUCCUCCAGGCCAUCACCCUCAGUCCCAGAAGCUCCUAUUUGGCAAAGUUCAAACGUAAAUCUCCAUACAAUAUGCUAGGUUACCUUCUUUUUGUGAGUAUCUUUUAUUCAUCCAUUAGCAGUCACCUUGUAACAUAUACAGCUGCCACCCAUAACUCGACUUCACCUAAUUUUAUACACAUCACUCAAUCUUGUUAUCUUCUGCCCAUGAGUUACUAUCUCAGGAAUGCAUUUUAUACACUACUCUCCCUCAGAGAUGCCAUCUUUGUAUGUUUCAUGUUCCUCUCCAGUGUGUACAUGGUGAUUUUCCUAUGGAGACAUAAGAAACAGUCCCAGUUUCUCCACAGCAGCAGCCUUUCCCAUAAAUCAUCUCCAGAACAAAGAGCCGUGAAAACCAUUCUGUGCCUUAUGAGUUUGUUUGUGGUGAUGUACACCGUGGACAGCCUUAGCAACUUUUUAAGAACACCAAGUCAUGAUCUUAUGCUUGAUUUUAUAUCAAUUUCCAUAGGCCAUUGCUAUGCUGCACUCAGUCCAUUUUUGGUUCUCAGUACUGAAACACGUGUCAUUCCUGUUUUGAAAUGUUAUGGCAGGACAGUAAAUAUGUGA